AUGGUACCGAUCCCGACCUCGUCUGCUGACGAGGCCAAGACUGACAUCACCACCCUGCCCACUGCUUCCGACGAUGUGAUGGCAAGCUGCCUCGAGAGUAUUCACUCUUUGCCCCAGGCUAGCGCCGACGCUCACUCCUCGCAAAAGACGCACUUCGACCACGCAACUUCGUGGAUGGCAUCGAACAACGACAUCUCUGGUCAGCUGGCUCUCUCCGACUUCCGCAACCCGGACCUGUCGAGCAUCUCGAAGCCUCUCGGUCUCACACCAGGCGCGCUCGGACUUACGGGUGGUUUGCCGGGCAGCAGUGCUGGUGGAGAUGGAUGGUCCAUCUCGCCCUGGAUCAACAUGGCUCCAACCCCCUCUGCGAGCUUGGGCUCUGACCUGGAACAAUCGUCUUUGCGGUCGCAAGUCGACAGCCAAUGUCUCGACACGGGCAUGACGUUUGAGCAAAGAUCAUCACUCGCCUCUCGCCGUGGGUUUUCGGGCAGCCUGAAGCUCGAGACACGCGCAUCGUGA